AUGAGCACUCUUUCCAACUGCUUUUCCUCGACCUCCAAUGCCACGGCCGUCAUUGUCCCCGGUCCCCCGACGCUCGCCAUCUCCUACAAGCAACUCCACGCCGAUGUCGUCAACUUCCAGAAGAAGCUCGCAAACCUAGGCAUUACACCUGGCGCUGCCGUCUCAAUCGCCCUCCCUAACAGCUACCCCUUCAUUGUUGCAYUCCUUGCGGCAGCAUGGCAGCGAGGAAUCGCCGCGCCAUUGAAUCCGGCCUACAAACAGAGCGAAUUCGAAUUCUACAUCGAUGAUCUCUCCUCCGCCCUGGUGUUGGUUCCGCAAGGGCAAGCAGAUGGUCCAGCUGUGAAGGCCGCCAAGAGAUAUAAUGCCGCGGUGGCAGAAUGCUACCUUCACCCUCUCACACACGAGGUCGUGCUAGACAUCAAGGACAAUGGCAAGCUGUCGGGCCAUGGAAACAAAGCUGUGGAGGAGGCACAGCCGGAGGAUACGGCUCUUGUUUUACACACUUCAGGAACAACAGGGCGACCAAAGGCUGUUCCCCUCUCCCAUCGCAACUUGACUCGAACGAUGCAGAACAUCCAAAACACCUACAGCCUUUCGGCAGCAGACCGAACAAUGCUCGUCAUGCCUCUCUUCCACGUCCACGGUCUCCUCGCAGGCUUCCUCGCUCCUCUAUCGUCCUCUGGAUCAGUGAUUGUGCCCGGCAACUUCAGCGCAACGACCUUUUGGAAACACUUUGUAGAGCACAAAGCGAACUGGUACACAGCAGUUCCCACGAUCCAUCAAAUCCUCCUCAAGAACCAAAAUCUCUGGCCCAAACCCCUCCCCGCAAUUCGUUUCAUCCGAUCCUGUAGCUCUCCUCUUUCACCCAAAGUCUUCCACGAUCUCGAGGCCGCUUUCAAAGCACCCGUCCUAGAAGCCUACGCCAUGACAGAAGCCGCACAUCAAAUGACCUCCAACCCCACACCACCCAUGAAGCGAAAGCCCGGAUCCGUAGGAAUUGGCCAAGGUGUAGAGAUUAAGAUCCUCGACCAAGAAGGCAAUGAAGUUCCCCAAGGCAAAGAAGCAGAAAUCUGCAUCCGCGGCCCUAAUGUCACGAAGGGAUACCUCAACAACGACAAAGCAAACAAGGAGUCCUUCACCCAAGGCGGCUUCUUCAGAACUGGAGACCAAGGCAAGCAAGAUGAGGAGGGGUAUGUGAUCAUCACCGGCCGGAUAAAGGAGCUCAUCAAUAAGGGAGGCGAGAAGAUCAGCCCGAUUGAGCUGGACAAUGUUCUUGCGCAGCACCCAUCGGUUGCAGAGGCUGUAUCAUUCGCCAUCCCGGACGAUCUUUAUGGACAAGAAGUCGGCGUGGCUGUCGUUCCCAAGGAUGGCAAGAAGGUGACCGAAGAAGAAAUGAAAGCGUACAUGGUCGAGAAGGUUGCCAAGUUCAAGGUACCGAAGAGGGUGUUCAUCACGGACAACAUGCCCAAGACUGCUACUGGAAAGAUUCAAAGACGAAUCGUGGCCGAAACUAUGCUCAAGGCCGACUCACCUAAAUCCAAGCUGUAA